GCGGCCGCAUCACUUCCGGGGUCUGCCCCGAGCCGUGAUGGCGGCUGGGCCGGCGGGAAGGGCGGGCUUGCGGCUGCCGAGCGGGGGUGGACGAGCUGCCCCGGGCAGGGGUUGCCGCCGUUGUAGCGGUUGCCGCGCCGUGCCCAGGCUGUAGGCUUUUAAAAUCGAGUCUUGGGCAGCGAAAUAGAACAAAGAACGCUCGGAAGUAAAGCUCAUCGCAGCCAGGAAUCGGGCUGCGGAGGCAGCGACGCGAGGCUGCCUCGGAUUGCGGGUCUGCUGCAGCCGGCGGCGGUGCGGCGCGUAGCCCUUCCUCGGGGCUGCGGGAAGGGCGGUAGGGGGGCAGAGCCCGAAGGCAUCCUCCUGGGGCACGACUCAGGUAAAGCAAAGACAUCGGCCCCCGCCUCCUCCAAGAACAACACCGGUUUUUGUUAAGCUCUUAAAAACCGCGUGGGGCAUUCCAUAACUUUAAGGAUAAUGCCACCUUUUCACAGCAACGUAAGUUAUAAAAUCGCGACUUUAGGACAAAUAGAUAUUACUGGUUAUAUUCUAUCUAUGAUCACAGAUUUAAAGUAAAUUUGCUAAGAGCACGUGCUUGGAAACCCCUCUGUAAUGAUAACCCGUGCAGCUCCUUUCCAGACAUCACCAAACCAGCUGCCGCCAAUGGGGGGCGUGGCCGCGCGCUUCCUGCAGCCUGCGAGGCGCGGCCCGGCUGCGCGGCUGAGCAGCGCCUCCGCUCGCUGCGCGAGGCCCCCGAGACUCGUGCUGGGCAUCGAAACAAGCUGCGAUGACACGGGCGCGGCGGUGCUGGACGAGGCGGGCACGGUGCUGGGAGAGGCGCUGCAGAGCCAAAAGGAGGUCCACCUGAAAACAGGUGGAAUAAUUCCUCACGUAGCACAGCAGCUUCACAGAGAAAACAUCCAGCAAGUAGUAAAGGAAGCCCUUAGUGCCAGUGGAGUUUCUGUAAAUGAACUUGCUGCUAUUGCAACUACAGUGAAACCAGGACUUGCGUUGAGCCUGGAGGUGGGACUGCAGUACAGCUUACAGCUGGUGCACAGGUACCAGAAGCCUUUCAUACCCAUUCAUCACAUGGAGGCUCAUGCACUUACCAUCAGACUGACAGAGCAAGUGGAAUUUCCCUUCUUAGUUCUUUUACUCUCCGGAGGCCACUGUAUCUUGGCAGUAGCACAAGGAGUUUCAGAUUUCCUUCUGCUUGGACAGUCCAUAGAUAUAGCACCAGGUGACAUGCUGGAUAAGGUAGCAAGAAGGCUCUCUGUAAUAAAGCACCCAGAGUGCCACAGCAUGCCUGGGGGGAAGGCAAUAGAGCACCUGGCUCAAACUGGAGACCGGCAACAGUACCCAUUCAGAGUUCCCAUGCAACAAUAUCGUAACUGUGAUUUUUCCUUUUCUGGACUUCAGAGCCUUGUCAAUAAAGCCAUUAUUCAGAAAGAAAAAGAGGAAGGUAUUCAAGAAGGUGAACUCCUGUCUUGUGUUAAAGACAUUGCUGCUGCUGUACAGCAUGUAGUGACUGCUCACAUUAUCCAGAGGACAUACCGAGCCAUGCUUUUCUGCAUAAAAAAUAGCAUAUUAUUACCAAAAACUGCAACUCUGGUUGUAUCAGGAGGAGUUGCAAGUAAUCAGUAUAUCAGAAAAGGUCUGCAGACUCUGGCAAAUGCAAAUGGUUUUGCUUUUCUGUCUCCUCCUCCAAGACUAUGCACUGAUAAUGGUGUUAUGAUUGCAUGGAACGGCAUUGAAAAGUUGCAUGCAGGAUGUGGUAUUUUAUACAGUACUGAUGGCAUCCGCUAUGAACCAAAAGCUCCCCUUGGAACUGAUAUUUCAAAAAGAGUUGAAGAAGAUUCCAUCAAAGUGCCAAGACUAAGGAAGAUACAAUGGUCAGCACGUUAAGUAGUAAAUUAAUAAAGUAAACACAGCUAUAAUUUGUUCAGUGAAAACUGUUUCAAUGCUUCAUGUUUCAAUGUUUCAUGUAGACUUUAUGUGGCUUACAAUUGUUGAAAUAACACCCAUCAGAGAAAUAAAUAGAUCUCCAUGUGGUAGCUAUGCCAACACAACUGAAUUUCAACAGCACCUACUUUUCCUCUGCUAGUGCAAGAAGAUUAUUCCUACUCCCCAAAAUUAAUGUGUGGCUAGCACUACUGAAUUUUUUUUUUUAAACUAAGGAAAAAGAAUAACAGUUCAAUAUAGGUAACAGUAAAAAUGGGUUGUUAAGGUC